UUUUGUUUUUGUUGUUCUACGCUCCGUCGGUUUUUUUGAUUUUUUAAAUUUUAUUUUAAUAAAGUAUCUUUAUAAACAAAUGAUACUAAAUUUAAUGUUCCCGCUUACAAAAAUCAAUUGAACGUGAUCAAAAAAAUCAAGCUCAACUGAAGAACAACAAUGAAUACUACAAAACGGUAAAUAGUGUUAAAAGCUGAUACUAACCAAACGGAAAUUUGUUAUACCUCUAUUUUUACAAGGAAUUAGGGGAUGCCAUCAUAUUUCUAUUUUUAUUAAUUAAAUUAUAAGAAAUUAUUUUCAUAAUUUUUCUGGAGAAACAUGAGUGAAAACAAUUUUGAUAAUCAAAAUGACGAUGAUAUAUUACCUGCUACAAUUCCGAUUCAAACGAACACUGGAUUGAGAUUAUCUGCGCUGAAUCCAAAAUAUCUUCAUACAAAUUCAACCAGUCAUACAUGGCCCUUCAGUGCUAUAGCAGAACUUGUUGACAAUGCGUAUGACCCUGAUGUAAAAGCAAGUCAGUUAUAUAUUGAUUUUAAGUAUUUCAAAGAUGAGCUUACCUUAACUUUUACUGAUAAUGGCAGUGGCAUGGAUAUAAAUAAAUUAUACAAAAUGAUCAGCUUUGGCUUUUGUGAAAAGGUGACAAUCAAAGGUCAUAUGCCUGUUGGACAUUAUGGAAAUGGUUUUAAAUCUGGUUCAAUGAGACUUGGAAAAGAUGCUUUAGUUUUAACAAAGUGUAAAUCAUCACGAUCUAUUGCUUUUCUAUCACAAACGUAUUUAGAAAAAGUUAAAGCAGAUACUAUUAUGGUACCUAUUGUUUCAUGGGAGAAUGGAUCAGAAUGUAUCUCUGAAAAGAAUGCAGAAAUUUGUUCACUGCCUGCCAUCCUCAAAUAUUCUGUGCUUAACUCACUUUCAGCUAUUGAAAAUGAAUUUACAAAUAUUACCUCAACCGGAACAAGAAUCAUAAUAUUUAAUUUACGUAAAGGUAAAAGUUCUAAUACUGAAUUUGACCUUUCUGAUCCUACAGAUGUUUUAAUUCCAGAUGACGAUGGCAACUCUGCUGAAGGCCGUUACAAAAGAGAAGAGAGACAAGAUCAUAUCCCUGCUUCAGAUUAUUCACUUAGAGCUUACCUGGCAAUUCUCUACCUUAAACCAAAAAUGCAAAUUUUUUUGCGAGGUCAAAAAGUAAAAACUGUAGUUAUACAAAAGAGUUUAAGCAAAACAGAGAUCGAUACAUACAAGCCAGUAAAUAAAAGACAAGCAAAGAUAGUUUUUGGUUUCGGACAAAAUAUUAACCAUUAUGGAAUAAUGAUGUAUCAUCGAAAUCGACUUAUCAAACCAUAUGUGCGUGUGGGUUACCAACUCAAAGCUAACAAAGCCGGUGUUGGUGUAAUUGGUGUUAUUGAAUGCAGCUGGUUGCAGCCAACCCAUAAUAAGCAAGAUUUUGAUUACACACAACUUUACCGAUCUACUAUGGCUGCACUUGGUGUUAAAUUGAAUGAGUAUUGGAAUGAAAAGUGUUUUAAUAAUCCUAAUGGACUUGAGAGUUUGAUGACAGAAAACUUACCUGAUGAACUUUGGGUGCAAUGUGAGAAACCAGAUUGCUUAAAAUGGAGAAAACUUCCUGACUAUGUCAAAAGUGAAGAUCUUCCAGAAAAGUGGUAUUGUAGUAUGCACCCAUCGCCAGAAUGGAACAAAUGUUCUAUACCUGAAGAAGAAGAAAAUUCUGAAGAAACAGUGAAACCAUAUCAAAAGCUUCACAAAAGAUAUAGUACAACUGAUACAGUAAAACGAUUUCAAGAACGAGGUGAAGAAGAUUUUCAAAAAAAAAGUCAAGAAAACGAAUCAUUAAGAAAAAAACAAAGUACCCAAAAUGAAGUUCUUCAAAAUUAUGUACCUUUAUUGAGCAAACCUGUAUCAAAUUUACCAAGUUCAACUGUUUCAUCUUUUAACAUAAAUCAACAGCCUCCCAAGGCAAACACAGCUUUGGUUUAUCCUUCUUUAAGAAAUGGCUUUCCAAUUAUCUGUUCUAUAGCUUCUCUGGUUGGUUCACCCAAUCAAAAAAGUUUAUCUAUAGCUCAUGAUGUUAAAAGAGAAGAGAAAUCUUUAGAAGUUAAACAAGAAUCAUUAUUAAGUUUGUUAUUAAGUUCUUGCUCAUUGCUCAUUUUUGUGUAUCUUGAUAUAUUGCAAUAUAUGUAUGCAACAUCUCUACUGUACUUGCUUAUAGGAACAAAAAGAAUGCCGAUAGCACUUUCAGACAGUGACGAUGAUACUGCUCCCCACCCCACAAAGAUUGUAUGCAAAAGUUCUAUAGAUGAACAACUAACAAAAAGAUUAUUUCAAAUACCGGAAAAAUUACUUGAAGGCAUUGAUGAAGACAUCAUUGAAGAUAUGAUAUCUCAAAGCAUUGAAAGUCUUGGAGUAACAUUAGCCACAAGAAGCCAAAGACUUCGUAAUCUUAAAAAAAAAGUUUAUAAUUGUUUUAAAACUUUAUUGAAUGAUUUUAAAGUUCCAAAUGAUGUCAAAGAUAUUGAUGAUAAAAUUAUUGAAGAAAUCUUGGAGCAGAUUAUUCAAGUCAGUUCGGAAAGUUAAUAUAUCUUUCUUUAAAACUGAGAAAGCCCUUAAACUAAUCUCAAUCCUUAAAACUAAUGGAAAUAUCUCUUAAUUUAUAUAAGUUGUAUAUAGUUAUGUUUUUUAAACAAAAAUUAUGUUA